CAGGGCCCGUUCCUGAGGUCACACGUGGAAUCCUCCCUGGUGAUCCCCAGUGAUGAGCCCGAGAGCUUGGCUGGAUGUGGGAUGUGAUGGCAGAGAUGGGAUGGGGGGGUGAUGUGUUCCCAGGAGGGAACAGCCCUGCUUGGGAACUUCCCUGGAUCUGGGUGGGGAGGGGCUCAUUCUGCUCUUCCCCAGGUGAAAUUUGUUUCCAGGAAGUCUGUAAGGACACAGAGCCUGGGCUGCAGACAGCAUCACUUACCCCGCCCAGGUCUGAGCUCUCUCAGGGCUGUGGCGUUUCAGGGGAUGUUGCACAACCACCUCCGGAACACCCCGAGCCCGGCAGCACCCCAAAGCCGGACAGGGAUGCUCAAUGCUCCCUGGGCACCAUGGAUCCAUCCCAGGGAUGCUCACCCCACGGGCCUGAGCCCCACUUUUUCCCUCUUCCAGCCCUCUGGGCAGGUGUUUCGGAGCAGGGACGGGCUGGGUUUCCGAGGGCGGGGGGGUGUUGACACCCCGAGCCCGUUCCUGCGGAUGUGCCUCUUGCAGCACCUUCCUGCGGCUGCGGCUGCGCCUCCCGCCCGGGAGGCUGCGGUUGGGGCGGGGGCUUUCCUGUCGUGCCGGUGCCACGAGGCCGGGACAACACCCAGGAUAACACCCAGCAGCCCCCCCGAGAGCCCCUCCGAGCAUCCUGGGGAUGCUGCAGAGAGAAGGAGCCCGGAACAAGGGCUGUGCAAAGCAUCGAGUCAGGCCCUCUCCCUCCUCCUCCUCCUCUUCCUCCUCCUGUGCUAAGGCGUUUCCCGGUGUUGAGGUAUCUCUGGGCACCCUGGCCCCCUCCCUGGCCGUGCCCACACCGUGCCCGGGGGGUGGCAGCGCUGGCACCAGGUUCGCCGUCACUUCUGCUUUCGGGGCGACAUCAGCCCCAGAGCGCAGCUGCUCGGUGGGGCCGAGCCGGGGGGCUCCCACCAGGGCAGGAAGCCCCUCUUUGGGGCCUGCCCACACCCUGCCACCCUCUCCGGGGGGUGCCCGCAGCCCCCCAGCCCUCGGUGGCCCCGCUCUCGGCGUGACGUCCUUCUCCCCCCGCGGGCUCUGGAAACCGCAGCCGCUUUUCCGCGCUCCCUCCUUUCCCCGCCCGGCCGGAGGUGAAGGCGGAGGGCUCCCCACGACGCCCGGUGCCGGUGCCAGGGCUGCCCUCGCCGGUGAGUCCUGCACUUGGGACCCCACCGCCUCCAUCAGCACAGGUCCCAUGGCGCUGGGCCGGGCCGUGCUGCUGCUGCUGCUGCUGAGCCCCCUGUGGGCGUGCGGGGCUGAGCUGCAGGAGCCGGGGCUGCCCCGGGACGGGCAGUGGGUCUGGGGGGCGGCCGAGCCCCUGCCCCUCUCCCGUGGGAAGAGGGAUGACAGCGGGCAGGGGCUCGGUGUCACGGCGAUGCUCAGCAGUGACAGGAGCGAUGGUGUCUCUGUGCCGCCGCCAACACCCGGCACCGAGGCCGGCCUGCUCCCUGUGCCAACCUCGGCCGAGCCCUUGGAUGAUUCCCCCGAGCCUGAGCUGCUCCUGAGCUCUGCAGCACCAGAGCCCAGCACAAACGCCAGCCUGCUCCUGGUGCCCGUAGUGUCCACCACAGCCGAGCCUAUGGAUGAGACAGAUUCCCCUAAACCCGAUUUACUGGAGGACUUUUUGGAACCAACAGUGCCCAGCACCAGCCUGCUCCAGGUGCCUGUGGUGUCCACCACAGCUGAUCCCAUGGAUGAGACAGAUCCCCAUGAUCCCGACCUGCUCCUGAGCUCUGCCCCACCACCAGCACCCAGCACCAAGGCCAGCCGGGCGCCCGUGGUGCCAAGCACAGCUGAUCCCAUGGACGAGACCGAUUCCCCUGCUCCCGAUCUGCUGCCAGGCUCAGAGCCCCAAAAGAGCAUCGCCACCACCACCCGCAGCUGGCUCACAUCCCCCAUGGAGGAGGGCACAGUGACUGAUGGCAGGGACAGCCGGUCCUCCGCGGGGCCACGCUCAACAGCCCCUCCAGCCUUUGUCCUCACCACCACGGGCUACAAGAACCCCAAGAAAUACGGGGCUCCGCCUGCAGCGACCCUCCCCGCCUCUUGGGACACCACGCCGGAGGCCACCGCGGUGCCCUGGGAGCCCAGCGGGAUGAUGAUGAGCAAGUGCCUGCUGGCCAUCCUGCUGCUGGGGCUGGUGGCCGCCACCUUCCUGGUGUGCACGGGGGUGCUGGGGACGCUGCUGUGGCGGCGGGCGCGCUCGGGGCAGCGCCGGUUCAACCGCACCGAGAUGGUUUGUAUCUCCUCGCUCCUGCCCGACGCCGAGGUGGCCGCCGGCCCCCGGCCUGUCCCGGCCCGGCGGCACAAGCUGCUGCUGCCCGACGGCAGCUCCGAGCCCGAUGGAGACAACCUGACUCUCAGCAGCUUCCUGCCGGAGCACUCCUGAGCCGCGGGGGUGGCUCCUGCAUCCCGCAGCUCUGGGGACCCCCCGUUCCCCGGUGUUUUAGCUUGGACCAGUGUGACGGAGCUGCUCCCCCUCGGCCAGCUCAGCCCUCGAGGCCCAUCCCAUUAAAGAGUUACCCGGGCAUGGUGGUCUCUUCCUGGCAGGGACGGCACCCGCCAGCCCCUCCCCGUCCCUCCGCCUGCCCACAUCCUGCUGCCAAAAUUUCGCUUCUCCAUCCUCCCCAUCAAGCUCCCUGAGGGAGCAGAAACGAAACCCGCGGCCACCCCUCGGCGGGCAGGGACCAGACCCCGGGACCUCGGGGACGGGACCGCAGCCCCCGGGACCUCCUCCCUGCGUGGGCUCGGCCUCGUGGGAGCGCGGGGGGGACGGGGCGGAAGCGCCGGGGACGGGGACGGGGACAAGGACAGGACGGGUGCGCUCGUGGCACAACGUGUUCCUGCCUGCGGUCGCUGCAGCGAGGCGGGGACACCUCCGGAGCCGCCGCUGUCUGUCAGGUGCUCGGCCCGGGGGCGAGCGGUGGCCGCAGGGUCUCGGCAUCAUCCGGCAGCGCUGGCCCCGACUGGGACUGGGAGGGAUGAGGAAAGCAAAUCCAUGAAAGGCCAGAGCCUCCCAUGGAUUUCACCCGCUCAGGCAGGUGUCAGUCACCCCUCAGGCCACCGAGUGAUCCCUUCCUUGGGGGAGCCGAAAUAGCCCAGGACUGGCCCUGUCCUGCCAGGCUCAGUGUCCCCAUUUAUCCAUUUUGGUCCA